GCGCGCACACACCAAAAUACCACCUGGUCCAUUUUCCAAGUCGAUCCCGCUGGGGAUGCUAGGACUCGGGAUUUGUGUGCUCUGAUCUCUGGCCUCCUUUCGUUUCUGAGUUAUGUCGUCUUACGGGCUUAGCAAGCCCAGUGGAACUUACUAUGGCACACCAGGACGAAGUUACGGAGCGAGUCCAUAUGGAGCAUCAUACAACACUUACUCAAAGCCUUCAUACACGCCAUCAUCCUCUUCAAUGUAUGGAUCCUCAUACAUCUCACCAGCAAGGGAAAAAUCUGUUGAUCGAACCGGCUACACGUCCGACUACGGCAAAUCCGGCUACACGUCCGACUACGGCAAGUCCGGCUACGCAUCCGACCGAAACAGGAUGGGAUACACGUCCGACUACAACAAACCCAGUACGAACUAUUCCUCCUAUUCCAAGCCAACGUCCUACGGAUACAGAGGACGAAGUGUUAGCAGGCAGAACAGUAUAACAGGCUCAGACCGACUGUCCAGGCAGAACAGUCUCACCGGAUCAGACCGGAUAACCUGGCAGAAUACCAUGGGGGGAUCAGAGCUGAAUCUGUCUUCUGCGAAAGGCGGGGAAAAUCUGUCCCGACAAAACAGCAUCACGGGCUCUGAUAGACUGGGAGAUAGCCUGUACAGAAGAGACAGUUAUGGUGGUUUGAAUAACAGCACGUACGGUGGAUACUCAAGAUCACGUAGUAAAGAAAACGUUGAACCUCUGAUAAAUGGAACGGGUACAUCUGAAUCGCAAGCAAGGAUAAACUGUAAAGCACCAGCAGAUUUUACCUCCGAAGAAUCGGAGUCCGAAGAAGAGACGGAAUCUGAGGAAUCCGACUCGGAUGAAGACGUGAAACACUUCGUCACCAGAGGAACUUCACCAGAGAAGGACAGCACGCAUAAUGGAACUACUUCCACCCUUGCUGUCACGAAGAAGGAAAAAAGGCAAAUAGAUCCAAAUCAGGCUACAAUCAUGGCAGAAGCAUCAUGCCAAGUGGUUCCGGAAGACAUUCCCGCCAGAAGGCAACGAUUUAUCUCGUCCCGCCCAACAAGCUUGUACAUCAACAAGUACUAUCCAAGCCCAAGUCGCUUCUCUUCAACCACGCCCACAUCUUCCAGAAUCACGCCCACAACGACUCCAACUUCUCCGAGAAUUACGCUUCCAAAGCAACAGCUGACAGUAGAUGAACCAGUUUCUCAUGGAGGAUUCUCUAGAGAUGCUUCUCCAAACGCUAGGGCUUCCGAUGAGCCAAACAAGGAUUUCCGGAAAUCGGUUCUGAACAUGAACGUAGACGAUAAGCUUAGAGACGAAUAUGGUCGUCGUCAAGAAGAAAGGCGUCGUCACAAGCGUCGCAAAGGACGAGACACCCUAAAUGUAGACAAUGAAUCCUCCUCUGCCACGCCCACUUCCUCCUCGUCCGAAGAAGAGUGCCAAUCGGAGCAAGAUCAAGAAGUUAAGAAGAGAAAAGUGCUUAAAAAAUCACCGUCUAGGGGUGGCAUUCUAGCAAAAUGUGGCUCUCGUUCCAAGAUGGAGGUGAAAAAAAGUCCUUCACAUGCCCGGAUGCAACGGCGAGGGAGGGACGACACUGGAGAUGCCUCGGCCCAAGUGAAAGGUGCAGAGUCUUCUUCGGGUUCCACCUCUACCUCUUCCUCAUCUGAUGAAGAAAGCUGCAGAACUCGGGGAAGGCAGCGGAGAAAAGGCGGCAGAAGUUCCCAAGAUACCGAAGAUAACCAACAAGACAGCAACAAAGACGACACGCCAGCCGUCGUGGUACAUCCCCCAGAGCCACAGAAGAGCAGCGAGGACAAAGACGACGAGGACGAAAAGCACCUCCAGAGGCUCAUAAAAGCACCGAGCAGCGAGUCUUCGGACUUGACGAGUCCCGGGGAGGUGGUACACUUGACUUUCCCGCCACCGAAGAGCCCGCAGCCACUCGAAAGGGUGGAUUCGGGGCGGAACGUCACGGUGUCUGUCAACGUGGCAGAUUUCUUGAAGCCACGCUCGGAGAAAGAGAGCAGCAGUGCCGAAGAGAGUGGAAGUAGUAGUUCUGAAGAGGAUGAGAGAGACCUGGUUACUCCAGUAGUUCCAGUGGGUGAACCCUCAGAUGCUCCCAAAUCUCCAGAAGGAGAGAAGCAGGAGGAAGAUAAGCUUGCUCCUCCUAAAUCUCAACCUUCUAGUGAGGAAGAAGAGGAUGAGGAGGAAGAGGAAGAAGAGGAGGAGGAAAGUGGUGGUGACAAGAACUCCGAAAGGAAUGAUCGACUGACCAGCAUCCAGAAGUCAGCAACUGUGAUUCACGUUCAAGAGCCGCAAAAGGGGGCGGAGCAAAGUAGCAGUGAGGAGGAGUCGAGCGAAGAGGAAUCUAGCGAAGAGGAAGGCGAGGGAGGAGGAGACGACAAGUUGAAGAGAUGCCCGACUCAGGUGAUAAAACCUCCACCACCUGUUAAAGAAACGAAAAAGAAGGAGUCAUCUUCCGAGGAAGAGUCGAGCGAAGAAGAAGAAGAAUCGAGUGAGGAAGAAAAACAGAAAGAAGUCAACAGGAAGUCGUCAUCGGAAAAAUCGGACGAACAACAGAAAGAAACGACACCGGUUGUGAACGGGGAGUCCUACUGGCCAAAGAGUGAGAAGAAAAACAGCCUCCAGCCGCCCGACAACUUAGGCCUGUUCAUUGGCAAGUGCCAAGACAUCGAUGAGAUGCUGGGGGCGCCGAACAGUCCUGUCAGCCCCACUUCUGCGAAUAUCCUCAAUUCUUCUUCCCCCACAAGACAGCAACCGUUCCAGUUCCAGACCAAAGCGCCAUCACCUAAAAAAGAAUCUUCCUCGGAAGAGGAAGAGGAAGAGGAAGAGAGUAGCAGCGACGUGGAAGAAGUGGAGGCCUCUGCAGUCCGGGUCCAUGAGACGAUUCCGCAGAAACCGGAGCUGGGGGCCUACACCGAGGAGAUCGACUCGAGCGCGGUGCGGAUCCGGGAGCGGAGCAAGCCGCAGAGCUCCGAGUUCGCCGCGGAGGAAAUCGACUCCUCUUCCGUCAAAAUCCGGGAGCCCAUGCACGGGCACAUCUCGAAAGCUCCCACCAAAAAGGCAGCUGAAGAAUGUGGAAUAGUGAAACGAGGUUUAUCGAAUGGAACAUUAGUACGACAAGAAAGGCGAAGAAGUUCUGCUGCAUCUGUACUAGAAGCGAAAGCCAAAGCCUUAGUGGAAAAAUUGUCGACAACUCCGAGUCGAGACUUAAGACGCACUCUAUUUUCCUUGAAACAAGUUUUCCAGGAUGAAAAAGACUUGGUGGAACCAUUUCUAAGAGCCGAUGGGCUGUCCUGUCUCGUGAAGGUGGGGAAAGAUGGCGAUCAAAAUCACCAGAACUAUAUCCUAAGAGCGUUGGGACAAAUGCUACUGUACGUCGAUGGCAUGGCUGGUAUCACGCAGCAUAUGGAAACGAUAAGAUGGCUUUACACGCUUUCUGCUUCUAAAUACCGAACGGUUUCCAAAAUGGCUGUAAAACUGAUGCUGAUGUUUGUGGAACAUGACACAAGCAACGCACUUUUACUCAAAGAUGCAGUCACAUCGAUUGAUAGACAAGCAGGCACUCCCCUUUGGAGCCACAUCAUGCAACUCUUGAAUGAGAAAGAGAAUUUGGACAUGGAACUUUUAGUAUUUUGUAUGACACUUAUUAACAAGGUAGCAGACGGCUUUGGCGACCAAGACAGCUACUUCGACUUCGUGGACGCUUUGGAAGAGCAAGGAAUGGAGAAAGUGUCCCAGUUCCAUUUGUGCCGAGCCGGGACGGACAAGGAAUUGUUAAAACAAUUGCAGAUAUACGAAGCAGUGCUAAAACACGAAGAUGGUGAAGAUGACGGGAAACCAUUUCCUGGAACUUACAUAGAGAGGACACGUAAUGUUGCCGAACGCGGCUUCAACAAAGAGCGACGGAAAAGUCGCCGUCAUUCCACGCCCAUUCUACCGACACCGCCUUCUUUCAUGGCGCCCAAAUCGCCGCCCCCAGCCUCGCCCACCAUCAAAAAGCCCUCGCUUCCCUGGGUUCGAAGGGACAGUCGAGAAGCAGAAAAGCCAUUCGAAGCUUCACCGCCAUCCACAGAUACUGGAAUCGAUAUUGAUGACGAUACCGGCAUCACCCCGGCACUACGUCGCAGGAGGGAUGCAAGAAAUCGAACGUUGACGGGUCGAGAAGACCCCAACUAUCCUGUCGCAGCUCCUCCGCAGACCUUGCCUUCUCCGGAAAUCAAAGAAAAACCUGCCUUCCACAGUGACAGAGCUACCAAACCAUGCGUUGUGAGUCGCCAAAGAUCUCUUUUCGAGAAUCAGAAAGAGGAGCCGCCCAAGGAGCCUCUGGCGAGGCGUCCCAGCACAGAAAGGACAGGCUUGGUGAAGCAGCAGAUCCAGGCGGCAGAGGUGAAGCCCGUACCCCCGCCCUCUCCACCCAAGCUAUCGUUCGGAAGACAGAACAGCCAAACAGGCACCAUUCCAUCACCACAGGCGUCAACAGGUCCAAAGAAGUACUACGGUCAACCGAACCGCAGUCCAGCUCCUUACGUGCCACCUGUUGAGCCUCAAAAACCCAACACCGCAUCAACUAACAAUGCCUUCUGGGGACGCAACCAGAAACCUUCGCCGGAACCGGUGCCAGAACCACCCAAAUUCCAACUCAAGAGAGACAACAGUGGUCACAAGGACUUUCAGAACAAGUUCAGAUCUCCAGAGCCCACACCUGUUGCUCCCGAACCGUCGAAGAACCGAUAUGGUGGUACGCCUGGUAUAGUUAGCAGGGCUAAGGAAGGUCUCACGACAUCCAACAGUUUUUCUCGAAAUGACCAGAAGUCACCGUUGGGUCAAGAGCUCAGAAAAUCAGCCAGUGGAGUCAAAGAACUGCAUUGGGAUCAGCUCAUGCAGACCAUGCGUAGACCCCUACGCAUCAAUGACCUUGACUUCACCGAUCUAGGUGACGAUGAUGAUGUCAGCAUCUUGAUGAGGCCUGUGAACGCCGCCCCAUUCCCCGGAGCUCCGCCCCCACCACCCAUGCCUGGGGGAGCGCCGCCGCCUCCUCCACCGCCGGGUAUGGGUGGACCGCCCCCACCGCCGCCACCUCCCGGAAUGGGAGGUCCUCCUCCUCCACCACCCAGCUUCGGAGGACCUCCUCCUCCACCUGGAAUGGGUUUGAACAGAGGUCCAAAUCCACCGCCAUGGGUCAGGAAAAACGCGCCACCUCCAGAACAAAAUGGUCCGAAAUUCAACAAGAAAGUUAAGACUGUCAAACUAUUUUGGAAGGAGGUGAAGGAAGAGCCGAUGCUGAUGGAACGCAGCGGCAAAAAGAGGACCAUUUGGGAUGAGCUCAAGCCGAUCAACCUGGACACGCAACGAAUCGAAAAUCUCUUCGAGAGCAAAGCCAAAGACGUUUUAAGCAAGAAAGUGCAGGAUGGUAGCAAGAAAAGCGAGUUAAUAGUAUUGGACACGAAACGAUCGAACGCUAUUAACAUUGGCAUGACGAAACUACCUCCAAAGGGAGCCAUCAAGGCAGCCAUCCUGAAGAUGGACACCACCAUCAUGAACAGGGAAGGCAUCGAGAAAAUCCUUACGACGAUGCUGCCGACAGAAGAAGAAAAAACAAAAAUAACUCAGGCUCAACUGGACAACCCCGACAUUCCUCUGGGGUCGGCGGAACAGUUUCUGCUGACACUAGCCUCCAUCAGCGAGCUGGAAGCCAGACUGAAGCUCUGGGCUUUCAGAUUAGACUACGAAACCAUGGAAAAAGAAGUGGCUGAACCGCUGAUGGACCUGAAACAAGCCAUCGUCGAGGUGGAGACAAGCCAGACAUUCCGGGCCGUCCUCUCCACCCUCUUGACUGUCGGGAACUUCCUGAAUAAUUCCACUGCGAAGGGCUUCAGCUUGGAGUACCUGAGCAAAGUGCCCGAAGUGAAGGACACGGUCCACAAGCACUCCCUCCUGCACCACAUCUGCACCAUCGUCAUGGAGAAAUUCGCGGAGUCGACGAACCUCUACUCCGAGUUCGGGGCCGUCACCAGAGCCUCGAAGGUCGAUUUCGACGAAGUUGCCAAGAACUUGGUUAAGAUGGAAACUGAAUGCAAAGCUUCGUGGGAAUAUUUGAAGGCAGUAACGAAACAUGAUGGUAUACCCAUCAACAAAUCCAGGCUGUCUGACUUCUUGGAUGAUUGCGCACAAAGAAUCAUCGUUCUUGGUAUCAUUCACAGGAGAGUUGUCAACAGGUUUUUGAAACUGCUGGUGUUCCUGGGAUUCCCGUCGCACCAGAUCCGAGAGGCGAAAGUGCACAAUGUGUGCAAAGUGAUCAGCGAGUUCGCCCUGGAGUACAGGACGUGCAGAGAGCGGGUACAGCAGCAGAUAGAAAAAGCAGCCGCCCUCAAGGAGAGGAACAAGGCCAGGGCCAAGAUGGUGGCAGAGAGCGAAAGACUUCGCCAGCCGACGCAAGAGCAAAGGAAAGAUCAACAACUACGGCAAAUUUUGGGUGAAUCCGACGCCGAAGACUCCAAAAUGACCAAGUGGGGUUCGAUGGUGAACCUCAGAGGGCGGUCCAAAAAUGCUCCAGUUCCCGGCCACUUGAGUCGUCCCAACUCUGUGAUGAUGUUGGAACGAUGCGGGGGUUACCAGGGCGGGUAUUCCACCCCCUGCGAGAGCGCGACGGACAUCGACGAGGAGAUCCUCGACAGCCUGGUGAAGAACGUGAUGAGCCAACCCAGCAGGACGGAGCCCAGGAACAGAAAGAAAGCUAGAUACGCUGAUAGGAAAUCUCUAAGAAGAACUCUGAAAGGUGGUCUCGAUAUCGGUGACGGCAUCGGUACGUGAAAGAAAUACUUUCGAAGCGAAAGUGGCAGCUUUUGGUGAAGAGGUUUACGCCCGGUAUAUCCUUUCCCAAGAACAAAUGAUAACCCAAAAUCAUUUUGUUUUGAAGAUAUUUUAUACUGUUAUAUUCCUGAGCCGUACACGAUCCUCAAAGUUCCUGAAAAAUGUGCGAAAAAUUUGAAUUAUGUGGUAUACAUGCAUGAAGUUCCGCUCUAUUCUAUAAAAGCACACUCUAGAUUGGAACGUCGUGCCUCAAAGUGUUUCAGACUUUUCACUUCACAGUUAUGAGAGAUAAAAAAAAAUAAAUAAUUGCGUGAAAUAUUCAUCGAUUACACAAUGAUCCAAAUAACAUCAAGAUGUUUUUUCCAAAACAUGCAUUGCUAAGAUAUUCUCAUUCUGAUAUAAAUAGCCAGUGGAAACGCACCACCAUGAGAUGUUAAUAGCGUCUUUUUCAUUAACUUAAGCAUUUGAUCCAAGGAACAAGCUAGAGUGUUUGCUUUAUUCAAUAGUUUGAACCAAAACAAGAUUGUCUUGAAAAUGAGUUCAAGACUGCAGCACGUGGUGAUAAUACAAUAGAAUUGGUGAGAAAGUUCAUUAAAUCGAUAUUAGUUUAUCACAAUGGUUGGUAGCUUUCAGCCAAAGAGGCAGAAUAUGUAACGGCACUUUUCUCAAACAAAGACCUCGUUUAUAUGUAUCUCAUUGGCUCAGAUGGGAUGCUUGAACUGAGCACUGCAUUUGCGACAUCUAUGCAGGAUUGGAUUUGCAUUUUAUAUCAGAAACAUCUGUCUCCAAUGUUGUUUUAAAAGGUUCUGAGGCCUGACAUACCAUGGACGAAGUGUAACUCAACCAGGUGAGGAGGAUGUGCUUAAAUCAAGACUUGAUUCGCAUGGGAGCUCAUGGGAGUUGAACACGUCUGCUCCUUUAGAAUUUUAUGUAUUUUUUUACAAAUUAGAUGGAAUUGAUUUUUAAUAAUUAAAUUAGACGAAACCGGAUCAUUUACGUACGAAAAUAAGUCCUGAAGACUGUAAUAGGGUUUCUGCACGUUUUAGUGAGGAAUUAGACCAUGAUCUCAAUAUCAAAUCUUAACAGUAAUGAAGUUUGUAAAAUCUAUAUAUAUUUGAAACAAAUUUCUAGAUUCCACUAUGAUUAAUUUCGGAAUUGCAAGAAAAAUGGGUACUAAUUGAAAUUAAAAUUGUUUCAAAGAAUUUUUUAAAUGUCAAUUUAACAAAGAAAUAACUGGUUGGAAGUCCUUUGACAUUAAAGAUACAUAACGUUUAGGACUCAUUUUUUAGGAGUACGAUAAGAUUCCAAAAAUCAGCCUUUUUUUAAGCUCAUUGUUGCAAAUUCCUUUUUAAUCUCAAGACGAUAGACAAAAUAUGCAUUUUUAAAACACUAUUUAACUUCAGUUUUACCACAUUUUUGAGUUUGCGAAUACUGAAAACGAUUAUACCAUUAGUAGUAAUUCAGCUGAUAGUGAAGCAAAAUCAUCCUUCAUGCUAACUAAUUUAUAAUGAAAAUUGAUUAUUUAUUUUCUUUAAUGAGAACAUCUUAAAUGCAAAACAUGAUUUUCUUAAGAGAAAAAGGAGAAAGCUAGUCAAAUUUCGAAUCCAAUAAUUCUAGUCUAGAUAUAUUCUGAACAUGUUUUCUUGUAUAUAAGAGAUGUUGUUGUUUUAAUAAAGAUUUUUGAAAUUAUGACUAAAA